AUGGCUACGCUGCUUCGGAAGGUCUUUGGUUCCGUUUCCCACUGGUCAGGUUCGAGUUCCAGGUCCAAUUCCAACCCGCAAAUCGAUCGCUUCCAGCGGAUGAUGCAUAUUCAGAUUUCAUCAAUCGGGGAAUUUGAUCGGAUUCCUGUUGACAUUUUCAUUCUAAUUCUCGAAAUUCUUGGCCCCAAAGAGUCGGCCAAGCUCAGAGCCGUCUGUAAAUCAUGGAAAUUUAUCGUAUCGGAUAACAAGCUUUGGAUGUAUUUUUUACAGAACCAGGAGCAGCCUGGGGAUUCCAUUUUCUUUGCUGAAACUCACUUGCGUUCGCGCUUUCCACUACAAGUAUUUCCUGCUCAGGCGCCUGAUCUGUCGUUUAUGCACAUUUAUGGUCAACGUGUACAGAUACCUGGAGCUAUUAUAAUUGAUGGUGGCUCUGGUUAUUGUAAAUAUGGGUGGAGCAAGUAUUCCUCUCCGUCUGGGCGUUCGGCAACAUUUUUGGAAUUUGGAAACAUCGAGUCUCCGAUGUCUUCUAGACUUAGAAAUUUCUUUUCAACAAUUUGCGGCAGGAUGCAGGUGAAAACAUCUGCGCAACCUAUCAUUGUGUCAGUACCACUUUGCCAUUAUGAUGAUACCGAGUCUGCAAAAGGUUCCAGGAGACAGCUAAAGGAAGCCAUCUACUCUGCAUUAUUUGAUAUGAAUGUUCCAGCUGUUUGUGCCAUCAAUCAGGCAACUUUAGCUUUAUUUGCGGCAAGACACACUUCAGGAAUUGUUGUGAAUAUUGGUUUCCAUCAAACUUCUAUCGUUCCGAUUUUACAUGGUAAAAUUAUGCACAAGGUGGGUGUGGAAGUCAUAGGAAUUGGAGCUUUGAAAAUUACGGGAUUCCUCAAGGAGCAGAUGCAACAGAAUAAUGUUAAUUUUCAAUCACUCUAUACUGUGCGCACCUUAAAAGAGAACCUAUGCUAUGUCGCUCUUGAUUACGAAGCUGAACUUUCCAAAGAUACACAAGCAUCUUUUCGAGUUCCAUCAGAAGGUUGGAUCACACUUUCAAAGGAACGGUUUCAAACAGGAGAGAUGUUGUUCCGGCCUCGCAUUGCAGGCAUGCGGGCAAUGGCUUUACAACAGGCAGUGGCACUUUGCAUGGAUCACUGCCAAGAUGCCGAGUUAACAGGUGACAACAAGUGGUACAAAACUGUGGUGUUGGCUGGGGGCAGUGCAUGUUUACCAGGAUUAUCAGAAAGAUUGGAGAAAGAACUCUGUGGAUAUCUCCCAGCAUCUAUGUCUAGUGGAAUCAGGGUUAUUCCACCUCCGUAUGGCGUAGAUUCUGCAUGGUUUGGAGCAAAGCUUGUUAGCAAUUUGAGCACCUUUACCGAAUCUUGGUGCAUGACAAAAAAGCAAUUUCGACAUUGGUCCAGACGCAAGCAAAUGUGGUGA